CUCAGCGACAUGAAAUUUGUGUAGCUGCUAAAGUACGCACUAAAGUUGAUAUUUUUUUUCUUCCGAGUUGUAGGAAGUUAGUUGUCACUUUCUUCAUGGCCAUCGACUCUGCAUUGAUUUGCAAAAUUUCACGGCGCAACUAUCGCAUCAGGUAUAAGGCAUAUACGCAAAUAAUUGACCGGAAAUCUACAUCUUCAAGAUUAUUUUCUCUCGGUCUCCACUGAGUUCUUUUUGGUUUUUCAUCUUUUUACUCGACUCGUAGUUGCAUAUCCUGUAGUUCUGCAAAAUGGCCGGGCAAAUCAUCGGAGGAAAAAAAGGCCCGCCCACGCAUUGGAUUUGCGGGAACUGCAGCAGCAAAAUGAUAUGGAAGAGGAUGAAAUGCAGUAAGUGCCAGGGGUCUCGUCCAGAGCUAGCAGGCCAACAGCCUCAGAUAUCCCCACCGGCUGCACAACGAGAGUCACCGCAUUUUGGUAACAAUCACACUUCAGCAAUUUUCACCCAAUUAAGAAACUCUCCUAAUUUAAUUCUUACUUUACAGUUUCUUGCUGGUAGAAGACAAAGUCCAACAUUUACUUACUUCCAAGCAUCUCGUCGUCAGCAACAACCGUGUAAAAAAUCUUCUGCGUGCAACGAACACUUUAGAUCCGAUGCGCUCCGACUUAACUCGAAGACUCAAGGCGGGCGGAACAAAUAUGAGCGGCCGUAGUGAGAGCUCAACGGGACCGAUAAAAACGUGGAGGUGUCCACAGUGUGCAACCGAAAAUGCUGGAAAUCGUACAACAUGCGGCAUUUGUCCGGCUCGACGACCUUCCGCGGCGGAACUGGCUGCGGCCGAUGAAGCCGCGAGAAAGCUAAAAGAGGCGCGAGAUUUAGCCUGGCAGCAGAGACUUGAUGAGGAACCUCAGGAGGAAGAUGACUUCGAGGAUGAGAAUCAGAAGUCUGAGUCCUCAGAAGAUGAAGACGACUUCUUUCCCUCCUCUCGCGUAAAAAAUGCGGAUGACGGGGUGACCGUUGGGUCUGGCAAAGCGACAAGUUCAACAUCAUCAAGCGCCACAACAGGGGAGGACGGAGCCACAACCGGGACAAAGAAGAAAAAGGUAAUACCAGUGUAUUUACCGAAGCGUGCUCUAGCUCCGGUAGCCGAUGCGAAAGAGCUAUGGCGAAAAGCCACAGGGUCUGCCAACGGUGGCCUAGAGGGGCGAGCAGCCGACGGGUCGGACAUUACAACGGUGAUGACCAGAAAAACAAAGGAAGAACAGCAAGAAUUGAAUGAAUAUAGGAAUAAACGAAGAGACGAUAUGAGGGCAACAUAUGACGACUUUGACAUUGAUGACUUCGGAAGGAAACGAAGAAGACGUUGAGUAUAAUUUUUCCGGGUUCAUCGUGUCUCUUCUUACUUUUUUCAUUCCCAAACUUCGUAUUUUCUGACCUUCAUCAUCACACACGAGGUUCACUUUUCCACCUAUCCGAAG